AUGGCUGCCCAGAAUGCUCAGCGCCAGUUUAGAGGUGUCAAGAGUAUGAGGGAGCUUGCAGAGGCCCCUGCUGUGACGGCUUUCCGUGCCCGCUUCGAGGCUGGACGGUCUUUUGACCUGGAUGACGACCUGGAGUUUUGCCCCAGUCUCCUGACGGAAGAUGAUCUGCACUCCAUCCACUCUGCUUCCUCGGAUCGGUCAUCUCUCUCCAGUGGAUCUCCCGAUACUUCUCCUCUCCAGCACCAAAUCCAGCCUGUCCAGCAGGUCACUCCCUCCAUCUCCCUGUCUCCUGCCUCCAGCAACUCCUAUGUUCACUCAGGAGUUAGCGGUAAUCUUAAUCACGUGAACUUCCAGCAGCCGUCUGCAGUCCGCACCCGCAAGGUUAUCCCGAUCGUCAACCCCAAUACCGGCAUGACCUUGACGAGCCCGCCUACGUCAAUCUCCCCGGCUUCGAUGCAGAAUGCCCAACGUCGGUGGUGA